AUGGCAAAACGUGUACAACCGACGUGGCAAGCACCGGAGGAAAAACCCGCACCAAAACUGUACCUUUACAACAGUUUGACCAGGCGGAAAGAACCGUUUGUACCGCGGGACGGUCGCAAUGUGCACUGGUACAGCUGUGGUCCAACGGUGUACGAUGCGUCCCAUAUGGGGCAUGCCCGGUCCUACAUUAGCUUCGACAUUCUACGCCGGGUGCUGAGCGAUUACUUCGGUUACAACGUGCUGUACGUAAUGAACAUCACCGACAUCGACGAUAAGAUCAUCAAACGUGCGCGCCAGAACUAUCUGUACGAGCAGUACAUGCAGCAAGCGAAGGACAUGCCGCUGGAGCGGUUGCUGGAUGAUAGCAAGGAGGUGAUGGCUUCGUUUCGGGAGAAUUUGGGACGUACGACCGACGCGGACAAGAAGACGAUGAUGGAUCGUAUGCUGGAGAAGUUGACCGCGGCCGUAGACAAUCUUUCGCUUGCGGUGAAGGACGGAAACGACGACCGUAUCCGGCAGGCGCAGGAUCAGUUUCUGCAAGAUUCAAAGGAUCCGCUGGCGGAUCUGCUGGAUAGCAAGCAGGGAUCAUCGGUAACGGAGAAUGCAAUCUUCGAGACUUUACCCCGCUACUGGGAGGAUGCGUUUCACAAGGACAUGACGGCACUGAACGUCCUCCAGCCGGAUGUGCUUACGCGCGUCAGCGAGUAUGUGCCGCAAAUCAUCGUUUACAUUGAGAAGAUUAUUGCAAACGGAUUGGCGUACGAAGCGAACGGCUCCGUGUACUUCGAUGUGGCUGGAUUCGAUCGCCGGGAGCAACAUCACUACGCGAAGCUAGUUCCCGAAGCCUAUGGAGACGCGAAACAAUUGCAGGAGGGCGAAGGUGAUCUUAGUGUCGGUGCAGACCGGCUGACGGAGAAACGUUCCCCGAACGAUUUCGCCCUGUGGAAGAGCAGUAAAGCGGGCGAACCGUGGUGGGAUAGUCCUUGGGGACGUGGGCGACCCGGCUGGCAUAUCGAAUGCUCCGCAAUGGCUUCGGACAUCUGUGGCGACUACCUGGACAUCCAUACCGGUGGUGUUGACCUUAAGUUUCCGCACCACGACAACGAGCUAGCCCAGAGCGAGGCACACGACGGAAGUUCCGAAUGGGUCAAGUACUUCCUUCAUACCGGCCAUCUCACGAUCGCUGGCUGUAAGAUGUCCAAAUCGUUGAAAAACUUCGUCACGAUCCAGCAGGCACUCGAGAAGCAUACGGCAACGCAACUGCGGCUUGCGUUCUUGCUACACUCGUGGAAGGAUACGCUCGAUUAUUCGGACAACACGAUGGAAAUGGCGGUACAGUACGAACGCUUCCUGAACGAGUUCUUCCUCAACGUGAAGGACUUGACGCGUCACGUGCAAACGGGCCCGGCACGGGACGCGUUCGACCGGUGGGGAUCGGUCGAGGCGGAACUGCAGCAAAAGUUUGCGGAUGCACGUGCGUCCAUCCACGAGGCGCUCUGUGAUAAUGUUGAUACGCGCACUGCGCUGGACGUGCUGCGUGCGCUUGUUUCCGCCUGUAACGUGUACAUCAAGGAGCAUCGAUCGUCCGGGUUUAACUCGCUUUUGUUGCGACGCAUUGCUAGCUAUUGCACGGACCUGUUGCACAUAUUCGGCGCCAUUAAUGGACCACGCGGUGGAAUUGGUUUUCCUAUAAGCGGCGGAUCUGCUGGUGAUGGCAUGGGUGGAGAUCUCGAACAAACCGUAAUGCCGUACUUGCAAGCGAUGGCCGAAUUCCGCAAUGCCGUACGGGAACAGGCGCGUGGUUUGAAGGCAUCCGAUAUUCUUCAGCUGUGCGAUCAGCUGCGUGACGAUGUGCUGCCCGGUUUGGGUGUACGGCUCGAGGAUCGGGAAGGUGCUCCAGCCGCCCUGAAGCUAGUGCCGGCCGAGGUGUUGCUGCGCGAACGCGAAGCCAAGCGUGCGGAAGAGAACCGUAAGGCGGCGGAAAAGGAACGCAAAAAGGUGGAAGCAGCUGCUGCCCAGGCCGCUAAGGAUGCGCUGCGUAAGAUCAAUCCGAUCGAUAUGUUCCGCAGCGAGACGGACAAGUAUUCGGCGUUUGAUGAUGCGACCGGACUGCCAACGCACGAUACCGAGGGAAAGGAAAUAAGCAAGGGUCAGCUGAAGAAGUUGCAAAAAUUGCAACAGGCACAAGAGAAACGUUAUCAGGAGUAUUUGGCUUCGAAAUAA